UCUCGUGUCUUUUCGAAUGAUCAUUCGAAGCUAGAGCUUAGGCAACCCAACUUCAGCCUCGGUUGUCCCAGGGAUCGUUAUCUGGUUUGGGAUUCACUCUCAAGAUAUCGCAAGCGCAAUCCGAUGGACCCCGACUCAGCUACCAAAGGCGCAGGGAAUACGGCGGCGGCGGCAAAUACCUCCGGCAACUCGCUGGGUGCGUUGGCGUCGCCGCCCAUGGAGAGGAACAAUUCGCAAUCCAGCAGUGCCAGCACUCACAAACCCAGCCAUGUUGCCGCCCACCGGCAGAGCUUCGUCGAGAACCAGAGACACCCGCCGCCGUCUCCGCGCAACCACCGACACCCCUCCCUCACACAGCAGGCUCUCCUGGAGCUCAUGAACCACCCGCCCUCCAACAGGCUUCCUAACCCCCGAUAUGCCGGCAGAGACUGGCGAGAUAUCGCCGUGGGAGAGCUUACCGUGUCCGAGGAUGUCCGGUGGGCCGACGUGGACCUCAGCGUCCAAGAUGCGACUAUGCUGCUCCUCAAGCACAACCCGACCAAUGUUGUCCUCAUUCGCGAGACUCCAACCUCCAAGACAGCCGUCUCCACAUUCGAUUACAGCGACUUAAACGCCUAUCUGCUGGUGGUCGUGGGCCUCGCGAAGCCUGAAGAGGAACAGGUCGACUUGUACGCCGACAUCUCGAGGAAGGCUCAGUCUCAGGAACACAUCUCACUCAAGGAGAUACAGUCGCUCUCCCGGAAGGAAGAGCUAGUAACAUUCCCCGCAGAGGCAACUCUGGACGGGGCCAUGGAGGCGUUCAGUAGCGGGAUUCACCGGAUCCUGGUCACGAACCACGCCGGUGAGGUGGUUGGAGUUCUCACCCAGUUGCACCUCGUCGAGUUCUUCUGGCACGAAGCGGCACACUUUCCAGUAAUUGAGAGGCUAUAUGGGUGUCUCCUGCGGGACCUCCAGAUCGGCUCGCACCAGAUUAUUGCUAUCAAUCUUGACCGCCCCUUGACCGAUGCUCUCUUGCUGAUGCAUAACGAAGGACUGACAUCUGUCGCCGUCGUCGACCAGGGGCUCAACGUCGUGGGCAACAUCUCAACGGCCGACGUCAAGCACCUCACGAACGCAACCAGCCUGCCGCUCCUCAAGAACUCAUGCAUGAACUUCAUCAGCGUGAUCCUGUCAGAACGCGGCAUGGAGCACGGCCGCGACUCAUUUCCUGUGUUCCACGUCAACCCGUAUUCAACACUCGGCCACACAGUGGGGAAGCUCGUCGCAACCAGGUCCCACCGCAUGUGGGUUGUCGAGUCCGCCUCGCCUUCUCCCAGCGCGCCGGCAACACCCCCCCUCCAACCGAGUUUUCCCGCCGGUCCCGGGCCGGCGCCUACCCACUCAGGAUCCGGCGGGGUUGGCAGCCCACCUCCGUCGAGCACCGUCAUCAUCCCCCUGCCGGCCAACGCCUCGGCACCGCAGUCUCCGCUCCCGAAUCAGAGCUUCAGCACGACUGUGAUACCGACCGGCUUGCCUGGCGCCAUCUUGUCCGGUCGCCUGACGGGCGUCGUGUCCAUGACGGAUAUUCUCAACCUGUUUGCCAAGUCGAGCGGUCUGCGGCCGUCUGAUCCGUCGGAGCAGCGAGCGCGGAGACGCCGCAGCUCCAGUUGCUCGGUGAGGCCUAGUCUCGAUAGCGCACGAGCCAGCGUCGACUUCAACGCUAGGAGGUGAAGGGGGAGGGGACGAGUACGGAGUGGCAGGGAUGGCUACGAGAGCUAUGGGGUAAAUAAAGAUGGGAUAUAUGAUUCUUCAUGUAGAAAACUGCAUCUGGUGGCUUGGGAGAUUGCGUCGACCAGGGAAUGGUUGUGUUCAGGGACAGAGCCAGGCUGACCUAGAAUGCGGUUCAGAGUGUUGUGGACCAGAACCGGAGUGUCUGCAUCUACAGCUUCUCGGAUGAUUUAUGAAUGCAAUCAAAGCGAGCUACAU